AUUCUGUUCUCCAGGUCUUCAACUUAAAAUUACCCCUAUCUGGGAGUGGCACUAAAGCCAAUGGAUGGAUAGGUCAUCAAGGAGACAUGCCCGUCGAUGGGACUACUUUCAACCAUUCAAGUAAGUUGUUAAUCAGGUCUACUCCAACGAAACCAAAUGCUUCAUACCAACAUCUUAGACUGGGACAGCACAAUACCGUGGACUUACCACGACCCCGUCGCAGCCAGAACGUACACGCAGAGCGGCAUCUUCAUCUCUCUCGGCGUUGACGCUCGAGACUGCAACCUCCCCCGGUUUAGCUGGCUCGAGCAAACACCCAUCUACCUGAACCCGCCCAGUAUGAUGAGGCUCGAUCAAGCAAGUGCCAGUCCCAACCAGACCGAGUCAGCCUUCGUCAUUGAUGCCAGCCAGCACAGUUCUCCCGGACUAGCAAAAACCUUCAACGGCUUCCUCUUGUUCACCGCUCUUACAUGUGCGAUUUCGAAUCUGUAUCUCGCUUCGAGAACAUUAUUUGGCCUGACGAACCAGCUGCAGAGUGGUUCUAAAGACUGGUACAUUAACGUGCUCACUUGGUUUGGGAAGACUAACAGUUACCGAGUUCCCAUUUGGGCCAUGACGGGUUCUGCUUUUGCUUUCGCGUGGGCGCCAUUCCUACAGCUAUAUAGGCAAGCAGGGAGAACUGCCCCCGGGAUUGGCAGCGCGAGUUCCCACGCCCCAGCGCUUUUUCAACACCUCCUUAACAAAGUGUUACCCAGUUUGUCGACAUACUCUCAGCGAUGGACAGCGUUGGUGCGCUUAUCGUCUGGGCUUGCCAAUGCUGGGCAUUCAUUCAAUACUAUCAUUGGUGAGUUUGAUAUAAUACAACCGGGCUGUUUCUCACGAGGUUCAUGCAUGUCGAACCGCGGGGGUGAAGAUGACUAUCCAUAUUAUAGUAAUGGGCAGCCGCUUACAGCAUAUUUGAGUUUGUCAGGCUGUCUACUCAUUUUUGUCGUAGUCAACGGUUCUACCUUAUGGUCGGGCUUUUAUGCGGCCCCAUUCCUAUCUUCGUACCUCCCAGUAAGUUGGCCCACAACCCCUUUGCCAAUGGCAGUAUCUAAAACGAGAGCACUUAGGUUAUCAUAUUCCUAGUGCUUUGGGCGCUGCUGAAGGUUUUUCGAAACGGACACCGAAGGCUUGUUAACCUUUCGGAUCUACCUAGAUACAGUCAUGAAUAUUAUCCACAAGUUGGAACAUUUAACCUUUGCGGGAUUUCAUAACGAGCCGACGUCUGACGAAACUGAGGGUUCGUCUACAUGGCUGCCUUCUGUCGUUUCAGAUUGGUUCUUUCGCAAGGGAGACGCGAGUCAAGUGGUCAACAUACCCCUGAGAAACAUUUAAGCCUGGCUUCUAUCUCCGACGAAGAAAUUUGCAAUGCAAUAGCUUGUAUGAUUCGCUGUAAUGUUUUCCUAAACAGAACAAUAAAUAGACAUCAAAGAUGAAAAAGAAAAAUUAAAUCUAAAAAUAGGAGGCUAAAUCCAGGGUACCUAGUGUUGGAAACGAAAAAAAGGAAGAAAAAAAAGAGUUUUCCACGCACUAUAUUCCCUUAGUGUACUAUGUAGGCCACUCAUUACGUACCUAGUACUAUUCAUAUACCGAAUUUUCCUGUCACACAUCCACAAAUCAAUCAUACAAAGGCCGCUUGGCCCAAUGGUAAGGCGUCUGACUACGACGGAACAUGUGCAAGCAUGAAUCGUUCAGGUUAUCAGGAGAUUCUGG